AUGGGUCCCGACUCCCGGCUAGAGACCCCCGUUCCGAGGGAGCAGAGACCCGUCAACCAGCUGAAGGAGCUGAAGGAGUCUCCACUCCUGACCUGGGCCACCCUAGAUGGCCGCGCCUACCAGCAGCGAUUUCUGCUGUUGUAUGCCUCCCUCCUUGGCCUGCUUGCCGCACCAAUCGCCGCCCAGACGUUUGAUCCCGGGGUGCAGCCAUUGGAGUUUGCUCUGAGCGCAUCCAUUGGAGCUACUCUCGUCGUGGCAGUCGUGAGCUUCCGGCUGUACAUCACAUGGAAGUAUGUGUGCGACCGCCUCCUGUCGGCCUCUGUGGACUAUGAGGAGUCUGGCUGGUGGGUCGGGUAUGAUGGCCAGAUCUUUGUGAAGCCGCCAGAGGUGCUUGCCAGAGACCGGCUGCUGGGCAUGUAUGAGGUGCGGCCGGUGCUUCGCCGCCUGCGCAUCACUCUCCAGGUUCUGGGAGCGUCCCUGGCAGCAUCCUCCCUGGCCCUGGCCCUCCUGACGAGGCAGUGA